UAGCACAUUGACACUGAAGCAGCAGUGCGGUCGCCGAUCAGAUUUGGCAAAGUGGAUUUUUGCAAAAUUAUUUAGUUCUUGUAGUAAUUAAGAAAAAAGUGUAAAAAAUUAUAAAAUGGCUUUACGUUAUACUCAACGCUUACUGCAAACUCAAGUGCCAUUUCUGACUCGCGGCUAUCCUCUGCUGGUGACAAAGGAAAAGGGCGAAGAUGUAGCACAUACCAAGUCGGCUCUCCAAAAGAAGUGGACGGGUGUCGAUAUACCAUCUGCACAAUAUGGAGGUCGUCACGCAGUCACAAUGCUGCCAGGUGGUGGUAUUGGUCCGGAGUUAAUGCACUACAUUCGUGAAAUCUUCCGUUUCGUUGGCGCACCCGUUGAUUUCGAAGUAAUUGAAAUCGAUCCUUCUACUGAGGGUAAUGAUGACUUGGAUUAUGCCAUAACUUCAAUUAAACGUAAUGGUGUUGCCAUUAAGGGUAAUAUUGAAACGAAAUCGCAAGGCUUAGAUGAGGUGUCACGUAAUGUAGCCAUUCGUAAUGAACUCGACUUGUAUGUAAAUGUUUUACAUUGUCGCUCCUACCCCGGUAUUCCGUCGCGUCACAAGAAUAUCGAUGUUGUAUUGAUUCGUCAAAACACUGACGGUGAGUACGCUAUGUUGGAGCAUGAAUCUGUACGCGGUGUGGUUGAAAGCAUGAAGGUAGUUACGGUAGAAAAUGCUGAGCGUGUAGCGCGUUAUGCAUUCGAAUAUGCGCGUCAGAAUAAUCGCAAAAAGGUCACAACUAUUCACAAAGCCAACAUUAUGAAGUUAUCCGACGGUCUUUUCCUUGAAGUUGCCAAAAAUGUGCACAAGGAAUAUCCUGAAAUCGAGCAUAACAACAUGAUCAUCGAUAACACAUGCAUGCAGUUGGUGUCUAAUCCACAUCAAUUCGAUGUAAUGAACAUGACCAACUUGUAUGGCACCAUAGUUUCCAAUGUUAUUUGCGGUUUAAUUGGUGGCGCAGGUCUGCUCUCUGGUGCUAACUACGGCGAUCACUUCGCUGUCUUUGAACCCGGUACCCGUAAUACUGGCACAGCUAUUGCUGGAAAAAAUAUUGCCAAUCCAGUGGCAAUGAUAAACGCUAGCGCUGAUAUGUUGAAUCAUUUAGGACACAAAGAACAUGCCCGUGUUAUUUAUGAGGCGACAUAUGAAACUGUGGUUAAUGAUGGCAUUCGCACACCAGAUUUGGGUGGCACUGCUUCCAGCACAGAUGUCGUGGAAAACAUCCUGAAAAUUUUGGCCAGAAAACGCGUGAAUUGGCCUCAAGGACAAUAUCGCGAUUAAGAUUAAAGCAAAAAUUAGAUUACUUUAGUUUAAGCCGUUUAAAAGUUACAAAAUCCCGGUCUGUUAUUGUCGCUAUUUGACUGUUGCUGAUAUGUAUUAUGUAUAUUUAUGUUAACACAAACAAUCAAAAAGUUAAAAAACGCCAGCGUUCAAUUCACUGCAACUAAGCCAAUUGGCAUUAAAAUCCAAAAUCUGGUAUGCAAUCAAAAUUAUAAAACAAAAUCCGACGCCUGCGUUCAGCUGCAAUAUAUUGCAUUGCUCGCUUUGAUGUUCAAACCUUGAUCCGAUUGUGCGCUACUAAUAAAAACGUGUCGCCAUCUCCUCUGUUACUCCCUAUGUUGCGUGUCGGCAUAUAAGAGAAUUGGAGCAGCAGAUCCAAUUACGCAAUCUGGGAUAUGGCGCGCAAAUCGGCACAAUAAUUUAUUUUCAUCCAAUUUUUGUGUUGCGAUUUAAAGCUUGCUUGAUUUAAUUUUUGAUUUCUUAGCCUCUGCGAUUUAUUUAUCUACGCAAUAUACACUAGUGUGAAAUAAUUUGUUGACAUCUCUCCUUAUAGUUUUAAAUUGUACUAGAAUUUUCAAAUUGUGUCUGCUUUUAUUCAACCGAUUGUGAAGUGGUGGAAAAAAUCUAAGAUAUAUUUAAAAUCGCUUUAUUUUUACAUUUAUUUAUUUAUGAGCAACAACCACUAUAAUAAAAAAAAAGAUUGUUAACUUAAUCCAUUGUAUUUGAGGAAAAAUGUAGAACUAUUUACUUGUAUUGACCAUCAUACUUGCUGAUCGAAAAUACUUUGGUUGCUUCAAUAAAGUAACUGUAAACAAAAAACAA